AUUUUCUCCUGUCCUGCACAAGUCGUAUAGUUGAGUUGGGGACUCAGAUUGGGAUCAGCUGUACACAAUGGCAGACACUUCGGAGAAAGUUCCUAUAGCCCUAGCAGGACCUGAGGAUGUGGAGCAGUGCCUUCCUCCAGCUUAUACAGCAAUCACAGUGAAGCCAUCCAACAGUGGUCGCCUUCUCCGGAUCGGGGCGGUGGUGCUCAUCUCGGGGGCUCUUCUGCUUCUCUUCGGAGCAAUCGGUGCAUUCUAUUUCUGGAAAGUAAAUGAUAAACAUGUUUAUAAUGUCCACUACACUAUGAGCAUUAAUGGCAAGAUACAAGAAGGAUCGAUGGAAAUUGAUGCUGGGAGCAAUCUAGAAACAUUCAAGACUGGAACUGGUAAUGAUGAGGCUGUAGAGGUGCAUGAUUUCCAGAUUGGCAUUACCGGAAUUCGUUUUGCUGGAGGAGAGAAGUGUUACAUUAAAGCCCAGGCUAAAGCUCAUAUUUCAGAUGUUGACAGCGUGACAAAGGAAAGCCUUUCGUUUGAGCUGGAAGAUGAAGUCAUGCCAGCUAAGUUUGAUGAGAAUUCUCUUAUCUGGGUGGCUGCAGACCAGCCUGUAAAAGAUAACAGCUUCCUGAGCGCAAAGAUCCUGGAACUAUGUGCAGAUCUUCCAAUCUUCUGGCUCCGACCAACAUAUCCCAAAGAAAGCCACCGAGGCAAAAGGGAUGUUCGGAGGAAAGGCAGACAAGCUCAGAACUUAAACCUGGACCAGUUUGAGGCUGCAGCAGAAGAAGUCAACACCAGACGCCAAGGAAACCGACGUGCCCAACAAGCCAAUGAAACACGACCAUCCUCCGAGAGAGUGACAGACUUCAACCCAGAGAACCCAUACCACCUGGAAGGAGAGGGCGGUAUGACUUUUGACCCAAUGCUGGACCACCAAGGCAUCUGUUGCAUUGAAUGCAGAAGAAGCUACACCCAUUGUCAACGAAUCUGUGAGCCUUUUGGUGGCUAUUACCCAUUUCCAUAUAACUACCAGGGGUGCCGUUCUGCAUGCAGAGUUGUCAUGCCCUGCAGCUGGUGGGUUGCACGCAUCCUUGGAGUCGUGUAAUACGUCUGGCUUGGAAUUGAAGAGACACAGGAAAUUCUUUGGUUUUGUAACAAAAUAAAAACAAGUGCCUAAAAAGCUGAUUGAUACUCUGUUGUAAAUAAAGACCUAAGUUAAUACCAGAUGUCCACAGUCAUUGAGUGGAAUGUGUAGGUCUCAUAGAUACUCUAUGUGUAUGAUAUGUGCAAUAGCCUUCUUUCAUGGAGCCGUUCAAACAUUUUAUAGAUUCUGAUUUAAUUUUUAUGUAGAAAGCUGUCCUGCCGUGAGACAUGUUUGCUGACAUAAUUUAGAAACGCUCAUUUUUAAAGGUUAACUUGACUGGAUUGCAGUGUUCCACAUUUCUGUAGCGUGAUGUAAAUAAAUCUCAAGUG